AUGCUCGCUUCCAAACAAGGUGGCCACGCGACAGUUCUGGACGACAGCAAGAGACACCAGGACUUUUACCUUGGAUCCACUGCGCAUGACGCAGUACUGGUGUUGGACCCCAGUCCGGGGGAAAGUUUCGGGCACCCCGUGGUCCUUUUCUAUAUCGAUUUCAACGUGACCAAGAAAAAAUGUGGACAUAGAGAUGGAAUUUUUAUAGGUGAGGAGUGCCUGACCCUGGCGCUGAAGAGCCGCUGUCAGAACCAGCUGAAGCGGCGUCAGAGCCGCAGUGAACGGCAGGGGGGGAAGGGCCGCGUGCGCAGGGGCGCGGGGGCGCGCCCCGGCAGGGCGGAGCGCAGCGGGGGGCUCUGCGAGAUCCACUUCCUCCCCCUGGUGGUGGGAGUGCGCGACAGCAACCGGACGCAGAGGCUGCACUGCGUGGAUCACCCGGGCUUCGCCCCCUGCCCCGCGCCCCUGCCCAUGCCCAGCCUCAGCGCCCCGGUCUCCAGCUGCGAGCUCAACAAGAACACCCGCCGCUGCCACCAGCAGCCCCUCGCCACGCACCUGUCCUGCCGCCUGUACCAGACCUGCGACCACGCCGUGCUGCUCUCAGGGGGCUGGCAGGAGCAGAUCACCUUCCACCACCACCUGCAGAACCUGCACGUCUUCUACAGGAUGCUGAGGAACAACGGGUUCCACAAAGACCACAUCAAGACCUUCUUCGCUGGCAGCGGUCAGGUGACAGAGGAGAACACAGAGGGAGCGUACCCGGCCACGGAGAAGGAGGCCAUCCGGAACCACAUCUCCUACAUCUGCCGCAAGCAGCACUGCGCCGACUCCCUGGUGCUGUACCUCAACAGCCCCACGCGCAACGACGGCACCAUGCUGCUGUGGGACAGCAACUACAACGGCAUCGCGGACUCUAAGGAGCGGUACUCGGUGGGUGAGCUCCUGGCGGACUUGGCGGGGUGCCGGGCCAGUCGGGUCCUGCUCUUCGUGGACCAGAGCUACAGCGCCGUCCUGGCCAAGAGGCUGAAGGGCUCGCUGAAGCACCUCAACGUGGCGCUGCUCAUCGACUUCCCCUGGACCCAGAUCGCCGACUACUGGGGCUCCUCCAACCCGUCCCAGUGUCUCAUAGACCACCUGAAGGACCCCACAGCGCCCCCCCUGGCGGACCUCACCGCGUCGCUCCUGAACGUGACGCUCGCCGGGGCCCCCUGCAACGCCACACCCCCGCUGACCCAAGCGGAGAUCCGCAGGGAGUACAUGGGCUGCCAGAACCUUCCCACAGCCCUCUGGUACCAGAGCCGGCGCAUGGUGGACGAGGGGAGAGACUGAGGGGACGCUUCGAUCUAACACGCAUAGAGACACGCUCGCCACACCAGAGGAUCCCAGCCCUGUUCCUGGAGAUCUACAGUCCUGUUGGCUUUCAUUUCGACGCUAACUCGGCACACGCGAUUGUACAACAGGAAAACCUACAGGACAGUAGAUCUCCAGGAACAGGGUUGGGCAGCCCCGCUCUUGCUGUUGAAUGUGCUUUGUUAGGGUUGAAGUGAAAACCUACAGGACGGUAGAUCUCCAGGAACAGGGUUUGUAAGCACUGCACUACACCGCAACACACAGACACCAUGCCACUCACUUCACAGUCCCUUCCAAGCAAACCCCCUUUAGGCGAUAUCCCCAUCACUUCACGACACGCAGUGGCUGUACAAUGAGAAGUCAUUCACUGGGAGAAAAGGGAACAUUAACUUCACCAUUACUAAGGUCAGGACUAAGAAUACAAAUCCCAAAUGCACUAAACCAAGAAGGUUCACUGUCCACUCCAGCCCCAACCAACCAACCGACAACACCACACUACACCACAUUGCA